GUGGUCCCCAGACAUAUUGGCUGAAAGGCAGUUCACAGCUAAAGUGUCAUAUGUGGGUGUUACUGUGCUCCUAUCCAUGCUCUCUGUAGCGAGUCAUUCUGGAACGCUCCUGGUUCUCGCUAUGGCCAUAAGAAGUGACUUUCAUGAGACCUUCAGAAGAAUAGCCCGGCUCUUUUACUGGUUCCCCAAAUCACUGACCUGCUCAAAGAAUCGGAAAUCCAAGCUGCUCUGGAGCCAAGGUGGGGAGGGUAAAUAUAUAUGUCAUGCUCACUGCCGAGACCUGGUACAUCUUGAUUAUCCACAAAAUGGGAAAGUAUCAAGCUGCAUGCCGACUUCUGAAGUAAGAUAUUCAAGCAAAAAGAACAGUCAGGAUGUUGAGAAAGAGAAGGAAACCCACAGUUACCUCAGCAAAGAGGAGAUCAAAGAGAAAGUUCAUAAAUACAACUUAGCAGUCACAGACAAGUUGAAGAUGACCUUGAAUUCAAAUGGGAUUUACACUGGCUUCAUUAAAGUACAGAUGGAACUCUGCAAACCUCCACAGACUUCUCCAAAUUCUGGAAAACUCUCUCCCAGUAGCAAUGGCUGUAUGAAUACACUUCAUAUCAGCAGCACAAACACUGUCGGGGAAGUGAUCGAGGCCCUGCUCAAAAAGUUUCUCGUGACUGAGAGCCCUGCCAAGUUUGCACUUUAUAAGCGUUGUCACAGGGAAGACCAAGUCUACGCCUGCAAGCUCUCAGACCGGGAACAUCCACUCUACCUGCGUUUGGUAGCAGGGCCCAGAACAGACACACUUAGUUUUGUUCUUCGUGAACAUGAAAUUGGAGAGUGGGAAGCCUUCAGCCUUCCAGAACUACAGAAUUUCUUGCGCAUCUUGGACAAGGAAGAAGAUGAGCAGCUGCAGAACCUGAAGAGGCGCUACACAGCCUACAGACAGAAGCUGGAAGAAGCCCUCCGUGAGGUGUGGAAGCCUGAUUAAAGCGGGGCUCCCUGCCCGUGAGGCCCGGUGCAGGACCGAUGUACAAAACAGCAGCAAGUGCCUCUCUUCUCAGAGGGCUGCUGUCUUGCCCCACUAUGCUAGGGUCUUCGCCUUUCUAUCUGUAGAUUUUGUUCCCCAAACCUGGUCACACAGCAUCCUGCACCUUAGCGUCCCAUGUAAGGGACUCUGCAAGCUUGUUGUUCAGCACCGCAGUGUUACCUCUUGGCAAGCUGUGAACCUGUCGCCUCAUCAGGAGCAUUCGAGGGUGCUUGGAAGCGUGAACUCUGGGGGUGUUUUUUUUUUUUUUUUGGUUAUUUUAAUUAUGUGAUGAUGCUGUUAAGCUUACGGAUAUGCAGUUGAUUUUUUAAAAAGCUUAACUAGGAAUCUUUCUGAAUACUUGUCCUAUUUUGAAACUACCUGUCUGGUUUUUUGUUUGGUUUUGUUUUCUUUUUUUAAUGUCAGAGGAAUCUAUCCAUGUGAAUCGAAAGGCACAGGAAUCUAGGAACUCUGAGGAAUUUAUUGUGAAGGAUUUUGUUAGGGGGUUGACAGAGAAAGGAAAGUGUAAGUUUGGAAGAAGGCAUGUGCGGUGGUGGCGAGCGCUGCGGGCUAUGGAAGGUGACUUGGCUUUUCACUUAGGGGUAGUGGAGAAAGGGGUAGUUGCUUGUAAACGAGUUAAAAGCAUUCAGUGUGGAGGUGUUAAACCCAUUUUAGGAUCGCUUGGUUUCCUGGUGGGUAGAAUAUGGGAACAGAGCAAGAGGCAGGAGCUAAACCAAAAGGAGGGACCCAUGAACUCUGCAGCUGACCAAUCAGAGAAUCAGGCAGGUGUAGCCUACUGACCUGGGCAGAGGUGGGCCUCACGCAGCUGGAUCCGACCCUCUAAUUCUGCCCUUUUGGAGUGGAAGGUCUGAUUGGUGUAGCUGCUCUGCAUAGGCAGGACAGUGACCGUUCACUAACUCUUGUUAAGUUACAUAGUGUAUAGCUUUCCCCCCACAGGUGGUUUUCAAAGUUGAGACGGAAUUUGGGUAGGGGCAGCUGUUUUUCCCUUGAUUGUUAGCUAGGAUAUUUAUCAAGUAAACUUUGGUGACAAUCACUCUCUUCCCUUUUAUUCCUCCUUUCCUUUUCCUUUCUUCCCUUUUUUCUUUCCUUCCCUGCUGUCUCCCACCCUACCUUGUUCUUUUCCUCCCUCCCCCCUUCCCUCCCUCCCUCCCUCACUCCCUCCCUCCCUCCCUCCCUCCCUCACUCCCUCACUCCUUCCCUCCCUCCCUCCCUCACUCCUUCCCUCCCUCUCUCCCUCUCUCUCCCUCUCCCUUUCUUUUCUACAUUGAAAUCUGUUCUUACAUAAUAGAGAACAGGGCUAUUGAAUAAAGACCCAAUCCUACCAGAUCUUUAGUUCUAAAGGGCAACUUGACUGUGAGUAGGAGGGCCCCCAAGAAAGGGAGGAAAGUCCACACCCAGCUAACCACACAACAGGGCUUCAUUAUGGAAAUAUUUUAACAAAAGUACAUGUUAUUACCAACCAAAGAGAUGCAUGUGCAAUAGAAGCCUUCCUUAAAAACAGGCUAAAUAACCUCAUUUUAUGCAGCAGUUUAAUCUGAGAACAGAGGGAAAGGUGUGCAGUGGUUCCAGAGGGGCCUUAUAUUCUAUUUUUAGUCUAGAUAUUUUUUGUUUAUAAAUUCCCAAGGAAUUGUUAACACUUUGGUGACACCUAAUGGAUUCUUUUUGAAAUUCCAAGGUGCUUCAGUUCUUUGCCCAAGUGAACUGUGCCUUUUAUUGCAUUUCUGUUCGUCUCUUGGUGGCUCUUCUGACUUUUUGGAGAAUACCCAUCUUGUUGGAGGCAGACUUAAGUUGUUAUGCUGUGCCACACAAUUUACUGAGACAAUCAUAUCUUCCUAAGCAUUUAAGGAAAGUUGAAAAAAAUAGAAUUAGCAGCUAUAAAAUAUGUAUGGCACAUCUUGUUUAAUUUUGCAUGUAACUUCUCUUUAGUACAUUGAUGAGGUUUUAGUGACAUUGUCAUCCAACACUUUACCUUUAUUGUUCAGGGAAUGCCUUCGUGAUUUUUUGUACUGGUUUUAUUAUUCAGACUAUGGCCUGGAUUUGAGUAUAUUGUUAUUACCACCUGGUUUUUUAAUUAUUCAUCCCAGUAAACUUAUAUUUUGUGAAGCAUUUGUUUCUCAGAUUAAGACACUGUUAGAACCUAAAGUAGUAGCUGAUGGGUAUCUGUGAAUUUUUUUUUUUUUUUUUUUUACUUGAAGUAGAUUGUCUGAAUAGGCAUCCUCAUCUAUAUUUACCCAAAACCUCGCUUACUGUCAUGUGCACUACAAAUUGCAAUUUGGAAACCUACUGUAUUGAAAUUCUGUCAGUUUAUGGUUCUUAAAGACUGAUGUCCUUUCCCAAACACUGGUUACUGCAGCAGCAUUUUUAAUGUGUAAGUGAAGAAAAAAGGCCACUAAGGCCAAAGAUUUUUUAAGAAUCAAUGUACAGAUCAUCAUGUUAAACUAUCUAAGCUUUGCUGUAAUACUGUUUUCUCUUCAAUAUGUGAUGGUACAGGAAGGAUGUUAAAUGAAGGGGUAGUAUUGCAGGAGAGCAUUUUAAAUGGCAGAAGUAAAAAGUUAUAAUAUUUAUAAUUUUGAUGGGUUUAAGUUUAUUUUUGUAGGGAAGAUUUUUCUCCCCUAAAAUAGUUUCUAGAAUGGCAAAAUUGUUUCCAUUAUUAAAAAUUGAAGUUAUUA